AUGAUAUUAAUAUUGCAAGAAGAGGAGGAGGAGGAGGUCGGACAGUGGCCAAUGUAUUGUGAUAGUAUCUAUAUUGGCCCAGAGCAACCAAUUAAAGAGGAGAGAAUGAUUGACAUUCAUGAUCAUCAUCAUCCUCAAAUGAAUCAUCAUCAUCCUCAUCAUCAUAAAUCAUCGUCAUCGACAUCCUCAUCGACGACAACUGCAAGUACUACGAGUAGUAGUAGUGGCAGUGGUAGCGGUAGUAUAUUAAUCAUGUUGAUUGUCAUCACAUCACAUAUAGUGGCCAAUACAGACGACAAACAAUUUAUAAUUACAAAUUUAUUCUUACAACAACCAAGAAAUUUGAAUCAAGAACAUCAACAUUCCUCCUCAUCAUCAUCAUCAUCUUCGUCAUCAUCAACAUUAUCAAUACAACCAUUUUCAAUUACAUCAGUCCCCAAGUUACCAUUAAUUAUAAGACCUGGAGAAGAGUUUGAAGGACACAUUUCAUUCACACCACCAACUGGUGGAUGGUUUACAGCACUGCUUUCCAUCUGCUCGGAUGACUAUCCAACCCCGAGAAUCCAGCAGAUCUCAUUGCAUGGAGAGGGUGACUUUCCAACUGCACCAACUCAGAUCAUCUAUGCCGACAAUCUAUCGCCGCUGGUGAUUGACGAGGUUGCUAAUCCCGUCGGUGGGAGUACUAUCACCAAACACGGCGGCUCUGAGAAUGGUGGCUACUCUUAUUCAUCAGCAUCAUUGCAUUCAACUCCUACUUCCUCCUCAUCCUCUUCCUCCUCUUCAUCGGCAUCAUCCACACCCAAUAUAUCAUCUCCACUAUUCAUCGACGAGGAUUUAGUUAGAGGUAAUGGCACGAAUGGUGGUGGUGUUGGUGGUGACCCAAUCAAUCCAAAUCGAUUAAUAUUUUCAAAGGAUUAUCCAUCCCAACCAACACAUCAACAACAACAAUCACAACCAACUAGUUUGGGAAAACCAAUCAACCAAACACCACCAUCAUCAGUAAAGAAAAAGGUUAGUUGGAAUGCACAUGUAUCAGAGAAAUCAGUCGAUCCAAGUCAAGAUACAACAGAGGAUGAUAGUCAAGACUCUGAUGAUUUUGAUUAUCAACGUCAUCAUCAACAACAUCAACAACAUCAACAACAAUACAAACAACAACAACAACAAUAUAAACAAAAACCAACAGAGAAAAGGGAUAAAUAUUCAAGUUCAAUUAUUGGUAAUGGUAAUGGUAUUAAUGGCGGUAAACAUUUUAACGGUGGUAAUAGUAUAAUGGGAGAUGUCGAGGGUGAAUCAUUUAGUACUUAUCCAUUGGCACUAUCAGUUGAAACAAAGAUUGAACAAGUCGAGAAAAAGUUGGCUGAAUUGGCCAAAAAAGUUGGUACUGGAUCCAAUGAACAUGGAACAUACAACUAUCAUCAUCAUCAUAUACCACCACCAUCAUCAUACUAUUAUUCAAAGGCUAAUGGUAACGGUAGUACAGGUGCAAACGGUCAUUUAAAUUUUAAUUAUAAUCAAAAUAGAAAUUAUCCAUCCCAACAACCACAACAACAACCAACUGGUUUCCAAUAUAAUUACCAAUAUAAUCCUCAACCUACUCAACCUACUCAACCUACUCAACCUACUCAAAUUCAACCACUUCCUCCUACUAUACCAACUUCAAAACCAGCGCCAAUUUAUCAUCACUAUAAUCAUAAUCAAAAUCAACAACCCGCACAACCCACAACACCAAAAAUGAAUCAUCAUCAUGAAUCAUCAACAAUGAAUUAUAAAACCACCUCUUUUGCUACUACUAAUAACCAACAUGUAAAUACCAAUUAUAAUAAUAAUAAUAAUCACAAUCAACAACAACCACCAAUAAUGACACCAAAAUCAAAAUAUCAUCAAUCAACGAUCAACUUGGAUGAAUCUGAAGAUAUGCAACUAGAUCAAUCAGCACAAGAUUUUCUUGCACAGUUGGAAACCAAGAAACAAAAGGUGGCAACUCCAGCAGGAUGGAGAAUCUUUUUAAAUCCAUCAGCUAAUCAUGAAGAAGGAAAUAACUCUUUUCAAAAAAUGAUGGGUAAAUAUCAAUAUGAUACUGGAAGCAGUAGUAGUAGCGGUGGUAGUAGUAUUGGUAGUGGUGGCAGUAGUAGUAUUAACAAUGCUGGAAAUAAUAAUAAUAGUGUUGUCAAUGACAAUAGAUAUAAUAAUAAUAAUAUUAGUGAUCGUGAUCAUACUACUACACCAUUCACUGAAAGACGUCGUGGAAUAUUAAAGUAA